AUGUCGAUUGGUGUAUGGAAUGUUAGGGGGUUAAAUAAAGCUGUUAAGCAAAAAGAGGUUAUGGAUGUUAUAAGGGAUAAUAAGCUGGGAAUGUGUGCUGUUGUUGAAUCCCAUGUCAAAAUUUCAAAUUUAAAGAAUGUGUGUAGUAAAUCUUUUGGAAACUGGGAUUGGGUUUCUAAUAACAAACAGUGUGAUGUUGGUAAUAGAAUAAUUGUUGGAUGGGAUCCAAAAUUAUUUGAUGUUAUGGUUUUAUCUCAAUCGAAACAGGUGAUUCAUUGCUUUGUCAAAUUUUCUGGUUCUAAUUAUAGCAUGUUUUUUUCCUUCAUCUAUGCUGCUUCCGGUUAUAUUGAAAGAAGGGUUUUAUGGGAAGAUUUGAAAAAAUUCAGCUUAACUGUGAAAAAGGAAGCUUGGUGUAUUUUGGGUGAUUUCAAUGUUGUGUUAAAAGAUUCCGAUUAUUCAGAAGGAUGCUCGAGAUGUCUGAAAGGAGUUGAUGAUUUUCGAGAAUGUAUCAAUUUUAUUGAAGUUGAAGACUUGAAUAGCACUGGGUUUCAAUUCACUUGGAAUAAAUCGCCUUCUGGGAAUAAAGGAAUUUUAAAGAAGCUGGAUAGGAUUAUGGUCAACACGAAAUUCAUUUCUGAUUAUCCUUCAGCUUAUGCUGCAUUUAAACCAUACAGAACUUCUGAUCACUGUCCUGCUAUUCUUUUCAUUCCUAAUGAUAAAUUGAGAUGGAAAGCUUCCUUUAGAUUUGCUAAUUUCAUUGCGGAUAAAGAAGAAUUUCUGCCUAUGGUGAAGGAUAUCUGGUCCUCAAAUAUUGAAGGCUUUUUUAUGUUCAAAGUUACUCAGAAACUGAAAAUGUUGAAGAGUCAGUGUAAACAGAUGUGUAGUAAAUUCAGAGGGUCAGGAAGGAAAAUUAAGGAUCUAAGGGAGCAAUUGGGAAAUAUUCAGUUGAAAAUUGAUCAGGAACCGUUUAAUGCUUCAUAUCGGGAGGAGCAUGCUAAUAUUCUUUUUGAAUAUAAUGUUGCUUGUAAUGAUGAAGAAAAGCUGCUUUCUCAAAGAUCUAAGAUCAAAUGGCUUUCUGAUGGGGAUAAUAACACUAAGUUUUUUCACAGUUGUUUGAAAAGCAGGAUUAACAGGAAUCGAAUUUUGAUGGUGCUUGAUGAAGACGGAAGAUGGAUCAGGAGGAAGGCUAUGAAAGAGAAAUUUAUUAAUCAUUUUAAGAAUUUCUUGGGAUGUGAAGUUGCCACUGAUUUGUCUAUACUUAAUAAUGAGUUUUUUAUUAAUAAGUUGGAUAAAAAAAGUGGCAAUGAAUAUGAUAAGAGUGGUCACAGAUGA